AUGGUCUAUGGGGGUAAACCAAGUACCGGAUGUUACCUUUGUCGCAAGCGGAAGAUAAAGUGCGAUGAAGCCCACCCGGAGUGUCGGAACUGCAUUAUAUAUGGCCGACCAUGUCCAGGGUACCGGCCGGAUGCUGUCUUCCGCAACGAGACCAGGAAAGUCGAGCGACUGGUGAAGAGCAGUGCCAGCGUAAAUGCCCACAGUAAUACCGACGGUUAUGACAGCCCCUCAACCUCCGACUCAUAUAUAUCAGCCGUCUCGAACCGCCGACGCGCAAGCUCCCAUGGGAAAAGCCAUGACAAGGCUGCACUGACGCUAUACUCGCCCGCUGACUCCAGCUGGGAACAAAGAGCACUGUGCUACUUCUUCGACCAGUACACCAUCAAAGGCGAUUCCGAGGACGGCGGGCAUCUCGACUAUCUGCCCCCGCUGUACGCACGCGAGCUUCGUCGUCAGAGCGACGAAUCGCCGUCUUCCUGUUUGCUGUGGGCAUUCGAUGCCACGGCAUUGAUGACUUUUGCUAAUGCUAAGAAUGCCCCGCCUCUCUUGAACAAGGCGCGACAGGGCUAUGGGCGGGCUUUGCGGGGAUUGCAGGAGGCGCUGGCAUCACCAGCUAAUGCGAUUAAGGAUGAGACGUUUGCUUCGGUUGUUUUGCUUUCGCUAUAUGAAGAUAUCUCGGGUGAGCGGAAUGGGUUGUUUAGCUCACAUACAGCUGGGUUCGAGUUUUUGACGAAGCUCCGUGGAGACGCGCAGAUUUAUCAUCAGCGCGGUCGGGAUAUGCUUCAUUUCGCCUAUGCUCACACGUAUGUCGAAAUCCUCGCACUGGGAGACAGGCCCCGCUUCGACAUUGAAUGGGUCUUCAGCAUGCUGGACAUCAACAAGCCAACCGAGCGGCUCAUGCUCACUGCAUCAAAGCUCUGCCAGUUAUUCCAAUCCAUAAGAUCCUCACCAAAACCCCCGGAUCAAGCAACCGUUGAAUCAUGGAUCACAGCCGGCCGCGAGUGCGACAUCGAAUUCUCCCAGUGGACACAGACCCUCCCAGACCGCUGGCUCCCACUAGUCGUAUACUCAGCACAGGGCGAGUCCCUCCUAACCUACAACCGCAUCCCCAACGUUGUGGUUUGGAACUACUAUCGCGCAGUACGCGUGAUGGUACAGCAGCUUCUUCUCGGCCUAAACAGCAUACUUAUUUCCAUCAAAGCGGCCAAGCACUUCCCCGAUUCCCAGGAUACCAGCACCUCUGAGCCUGAGUCCAGACCCGUUCUUCAUGAGCUAGCUUUGAGAGCUGUCAUCCGCGAAAUGACCACAGAUGUCUGCCGCAGCCUCCCCUUCGCGCUAGCUGAUGUCGACUCCCUCGGCCGUCCGAAUAAAUCAGAUAGCGCCUGGCAAAUGCGCGCCGGUCAGGGUUACGGCUUGCUCUGGCCCCUCUGGUAUAUCCUCGCUUCCGGUAUGCCGAAUCCGGCGCAGGUGGAACUGAUUCGCUCUGUGCUGUCGCGUGUCGGGUCUACGCUAGGUAUUAAGUUGGCGUGGAUUCUUGCUCGUGAGGCGGAGCGUAUUCGCGGAGAGCAGAAUGAUAUGCAAAGCGAAACUCUUGGUCGAGACUUACCACGUGGCGCAUGCAACCCCGGUACCCAAACAUGA